AUGAGCGGCGGCGGCGUCCUCCUCCUGCGGGCGUUCGGGGUGGGCUCCCGCCGGGCCCUGGGCGCUCUCCCCCAGCGGCGGCUGGCGGCGGGCAUCCUCCGGCGGCUCCUGCGCACCGGCCCGCGGUGCUCGUCCUACGCCAAGGACCUGUUCCUGGGCAAGAUCCAGAAGAAAGAUGUUUUUCCAUAUCCAGAAGUCACCCUAGAUGAAUUAAAUGAUAUGAAGCAGUUUGUGAUACCAGUAGAAAAAUUCUUCAAUGAAGAAGUGGACUCUCAAAAAAUUGAUCAUGAUGGUGUAAUUCCUCAAGAAACUUUAGAUAGAUUAAAGCAGCUGGGGCUCUUUGGCAUGCUGAUUCCAGAAGAAUAUGGUGGCCUUGGCUUAUCACAUGUAAUGUAUGCACGUUUAGGAGAAAUCUGUUCUCAGGAUGGAGCAAUUGCAGUCACUUUGGCUGCACAUCAAGCAAUAGGACUAAAGAGCAUUCUUUUGGCUGGCACUGAGGAACAGAAAGCAAAAUAUUUGCCAAAAUUGGCAACUGGGGAAUAUAUUGCAGCUUUCUGUCUCACAGAGGCAACAAGUGGGAGUGAUGCUGCGUCCAUUCAAACGAGAGCAACUCUGAGCGAAGAUAAAAAGUACUACACCUUAAAUGGCUCCAAGAUCUGGAUCACAAAUGGUAGUUUGGCCAGCAUAUUCACAGUGUUUGCCAAGACAGAGAUCAUUGACUCAGACGGCUUUAAAAAGGACAAAAUCACAGCAUUUAUUGUUGAAAGAAAUUUUGGCGGCAUCACGAAUGGUAAACCUGAGAACAAAUUAGGCAUCCGGGGCUCUGACACUUGUGAAGUUCAUUUUGAAAAUACAAAAGUGCCUGUUGAAAAUGUCAUUGGAGAAGUUGGAGGUGGAUUUAAGAUAGCGAUGAAUGUCCUCAAUAGUGGACGAUUUAGCAUGGGAAGUUUAGUUGCUGGAAUGAUGAAGAAGUUGAUUGGAAAGACAGCAGAAUAUGCCUGUACAAGGAAACAGUUCAACAGACCUCUAAGUGAAUUUGGAUUAAUUCAGGAAAAGUUUGCCCUGUUGGCCAGGAAAACAUAUGUGAUGGAGAGUAUGGCCUACCUCACUGCUGGGAUGAUGGACAGCCCAGGUUUUCCGGAUUGCUCUAUGGAAGCAGCCAUGGUGAAGGUGACUGGGAAAAGAACCGGCUACCUAUGGGAGUCCAGCCUGACCGCCGCCUUACUGGGGAACCAGGCGGACUCCCAAUAG